AUGGCGUCCCUUCGUCCCACUUCCUCCUGCAGCAUCCUUCAUCGCUUCCCACUGUCCCCCCCUGCUGUGUUCAUCACUCUCCUCCACAGCUGUGUGAAGUUGCCUUCGCUUCCUGAAGGAGAGAUAACUUCCAUCGAGGUCCACCGGGCGAACCCGUACGUGGAGCUGGGCAUCAGCGUGGUGGGGGGGAACGAGACGCCGCUCAUCAACGUCGUGAUCCAGGAAGUGUACAGAGACGGAGUCAUCGCACGGGACGGGAGGCUGCUGGCCGGGGAUCAGAUCCUGCAGGUGAACAAUGUGGACAUCAGUAACGUCCCCCACAGUUUCGCCCGCUCCACCCUGGCGCGGCCCUGCAGCACCUUGCAGCUGACGGUGCUGAGGGAGCGGCGCUGUUCCUCCAGGGCGCCUCCCUCCUCCUCCUCCUCCUCCACCCCCGCUGUUCCCCACGCCCCCUGCUCCACCCCUGAGGGCGCCCCCUCCAGCCCGGCCACCCUGAGGAUCACCCUGAACAAGAGGGACUCCGCGGAGCAGCUGGGCAUCAAGCUGGUGCGGCGGACGGAUGAAUCCGGAGUGUUUGUGCUGGACCUGCUGGACGGAGGCCUGGCGGCGAAGGACGGCCGGCUGAGGAGCAACGACCGGGUGCUGGCGGUCAACGAGCAGGACCUCCGGCACGGCACCCCGGAGCAGGCGGCACAGAUCAUACAGGCCAGCGGAGAGCGAGUCCACCUCACCAUUUGCCGACCCGCCAAACCGGCUUCUCCUUCACCGCCUAAAUCCAGCUCCACCCGAGACCUCUACUGCCUUGAUCACUUCCUGCCUAACCACAGCUGCACCCCGAGCCCUGUGCCCACCACCCUCUCCCGCUCCACCACCCACAGAGACCUCUCCCAGUGUGUGACCUGUAAGGAGAAACACAUCACGGUGAAGAAGGAGCCCCUGGAGUCUCUGGGUAUGACGGUGGCUGGAGGGCGGGGCAGUAAGAGCGGGGAGCUGCCCAUCUUUGUGACCAGCGUCCAACCACAUGGCUGCCUGGCGAGGGACGGGCGAAUCAAACGAGGUGACGUGCUGCUGAGCAUCAACGGGCAGGACUUGACGUACCUGAGCCACAGCGAGGCGGUGGGCACCCUGAAGGCGAGCGCCGCCUCGCCCUCCGUCCAGCUGCGGGUGCUGGAGGUCAGCAUGGUGGUGGAGGAGCAGGACCGCGACGAGCUGCUGCCUCACACACACGACAGCGACUUCGAUGCUAACUGGUCUCCAUCGUGGGUCAUGUGGCUCGGACUACCCAGCCUCCUGCACAGCAGUCAUGAGAUCGUCCUGCGGAGGAGCCACCCGGGCAGCUGGGGCUUCAGCAUUGUGGGGGGAUACGAGGAAACCCACGGCAACCAGGCGUUCUUCAUCAAGACCAUCGUCCUCGGCACACCUGCGUACUACGACGGCCGCCUUAAGUGUGGAGACAUGAUCGUGGCAGUGAACGGCCUGUCCACAGCAGGGAUGAGCCACUCGGCGCUGGUGCCCAUGCUGAAGGAGCAGCGCAGCCGCGUGGCGCUCACUGUGGUCUCCUGGCCCGGCAGCCUGGUGUAGUCGCGGCCAAAACCACACCACACAGAAUGUUUCUAUAUUGGGAACGACCUUGGCCAAAGUGAACUGGUACACACUACUGUACAUCCCUCCAUACCGGGCUUAAUCCAGGACCAAAAGCAUCCAGAACUGUAGUAGACCCAGCAGGACCAGGUGGGAACUGAUCCGGAGCGUGCCAUGUCACCUGACAGACUCUCACACACUGCUGUGCUCAUAUGGUCAUGUUGUUAUCACUCCUGCAGGGGGGACAUGGUACUGCAGGCUCUGUGUUCACCUCACCAGGCAGUCGCUGUAUUCAGGUGGAUGCAUGGUAGACAUAUUAAAGUAAAAUUAGCCAUGAUCCUCCACCAUCUAGGAUAAUGACUUGUAAUCAUGAUGCUCUGCAGCACCAUCCAGCUGAAUAAGCCUCGGGCCUUAUUAGAAAACCUGCCGCACCCUGGGGGGGGGGGGGGGAUCUCGACUGCCCUUAGGCCUCAUCACCAUGACAACCAGCUGUCCCAUCAGCUGGAGUUUUAUACAUGUGUGUGAAUGUGUAUACCGUUUGUUUAAUAAACAUUUCCUUCGAAGGAUUAAUGGCUCUACAGCGUGCUUUUUAACUGGGCAAGUGGGAAUUGUCUGUUAAUGAGCAAGAGGCA